UGGGCCGCGGCCGGGACUGGGCCGGCGCCGGGCAGGGAAAAGGAUUGCCGCCGGAGCGGACAGACAGACACUGGGCGGCUGGCAACUCCGAGCCUCGCAGGCCCCCAGCCUCGACUUUCCGGGGGCGCUGCUGCCUCCCAGUCGUUGUCUGCUCUGCGGGCUGAGCGUGAUGCGUCGCGGGACCCCUAUCUUGGCCUCGGGCCGCGGCCGCCGCCGCCGCUGAGACCUCCCUCCACUCUAAGCCCCCCAGUGACGACGCAGCCAUGGAGAGCAGCCCGCAUGCGGAGCCGGGUCCGGGCGCACCCCAAGCUGUGGUAGCCAGGAUCCCCACAGAGCCAAGACCUUCUCCAGAAGGUGACCCUUCUCCCCCGCCACCGCCACCACCGAUGUCAGCCCUGGUCCCUGACACUCCUCCAGAUACCCCUCCUGCCAUGAAGAAUGCCAGUAGCCCUAAGCAGCUCCCACCGGAACCAGAGAGCCCCUUAGGGAAGGUCGAGCCUAGGCCAGUCCCCCCACAGGAAGAAUCCCCUUCCUUAGAAGCAAAGAGCAGGGGAUCAACCCCACCAGCCACAGGCCCAAGGGAUGCCAGGCCUCCUCGAAGGAGCAGCCAGCCAUCCCCAACAGCAGUGCCAGCCUCCGACAGCCCUCCUACUAAGCAAGAUGUAAAGAAGGCAGGAGAAAGACACAAGCUGGCAAAGGAACGACGAGAAGAGCGGGCCAAGUACCUGGCGGCCAAGAAAGCAGUUUGGCUGGAAAAGGAGGAAAAGGCCAAGGUGCUUCGGGAGAAGCAGCUCCAGGAGCGCCGGCGGCGACUCGAGGAACAGCGGCUGAAAGCUGAGCAACGCCGGGCAGCCCUGGAGGAACGGCAGCGGCAGAAGCUGGAGAAGAAUAAGGAACGCUAUGAAGCAGCCAUCCAGCGGUCAGUAAAGAAGACAUGGGCUGAAAUCCGGCAACAGCGCUGGUCCUGGGCAGGCUUGCACCACAGCUCCCCAGGACAUAAGACCAGUGGGAGCAGGUGCUCCGUGUCGGCAGUAAACCUGCCCAAACACGUGGACUCUAUAAUCAACAAGCGGCUCUCAAAGUCCUCUGCCACGCUCUGGAACUCCCCCAGUAGAAAUCGCAGCCUGCAGCUGAGCGCGUGGGAGAGCAGCAUCGUGGACCGUCUGAUGACGCCCACCCUCUCUUUCCUGGCUCGAAGUCGCAGCGCGGUCACACUGCCCCGAAACGGCCGGGACCAGGCCGUGCCUGUGUGCCCGCGCUCGGCCUCCGCCAGCCCCCUGACGCCCUGCAGCGCCCCUCGAAGCGUGCACCGCUGCGCCCCCGCUGGGGAGCGCGGGGAGCGGCGCAAGCCCAGCGCUGGGGGCAGCCCCGCUUUGGUCUGCCGCCGGCCAGAGGCCUCGCCGGUGCAGAAAAAGGAGAAGAAGGACAAGAAGGACAAGGAGCGGGAGAAUGAGAAGGAAAAGAACGCCCUGGCCCGGGAGCGCAGCCUCAAGAAGCGCCAAUCGCUGCCUUCAGUGCGCCCGCGCCUCUCAGCAGGCACCGCCUCCGAGCUCAGCCCCAAGUCCAAGGCCCGGCCAUCCUCUCCCUCCACAUCCUGGCACAGGCCUGCCUCUCCCUGCCCCAGCCCAGGGCCAGGGCACACGCUCCCUCCAAAACCACCAUCCCCCCGAGGCACCACAGCAUCACCCAAGGUGCGAGUUCGGAGGAAGGAGGAAGCAAAGGAGAGCCCCAGCCCAGCAGGGCCUGAGGACAAGAACCAGAGUAAGGGCAGGACCAGUGACGAGAAGGAGCCAGCAGCUCCAGCCUCACCAGUACCCUCACCUGUGCCCUCACCCACCCCAGCCCAGCCCCAGAAGGAGCAGCCCACAGUGGAGACCCCUGCAGAUACAGCUGUCCUGAUCUCACCCCCAGUCCCUGCUCCCCCAGUGACCCCUAGCAAACCCAUGGCCGGCACCACAGACCGAGAAGAAGCUACUCGGCUCCUGGCUGAGAAGCGACGCCAGGCCCGGGAGCAGCGGGAGCGUGAGGAACAGGAGCGGAGGCUGCAGGCCGAAAGGGACAAGCGAAUGCGGGAGGAGCAGCUGGCCCGGGAGGCUGAAGCCCGGGCAGAGCGGGAGGCCGAGGCCCGGAGGCGGGAGGAGCAGGAAGCCCGAGAGAAGGCGCAGGCCGAGCAGGAGGAGCAGGAAAGGCUGCAGAAGCAGAAGGAGGAGGCGGAAGCCCGGUCGCGGGAAGAAGCAGAACGGCAGCGCCUAGAACGGGAAAAGCACUUCCAGCGGGAGGAGCAGGAGCGGCAAGAACGCAAAAAGCGUCUGGAGGAGAUAAUGAAGAGGACUCGGAAAUCAGAAGUUGCUGAAACCAAGAAGCAGGAUGGAAAGGAGGCAACGACCAACAAUUCCAGCCCUGACUCUGGGAAAGCUGUUGAGGCUCGACCCUCAGGGCUUCAGAAGGAGACUAUGCAGAAAGAGGAGCUGGCACCCCAGGAGCCACAAUGGAGCCUGCCAAGCAAGGAGCUGCCAGGGUCCCUGGUAAAUGGUCUCCAGCCUCUUCCAGCACACCAGGAGAAUGGCUUCUCCCCCAAGGGACCCUCUGGGGAUAAGAGUCUGGGCCGAACACCAGAGGCACUCCUGCCCUUUUCUGAAGCAGAAGCCUUCCUCAAGAAAGCUGUGGUGCAGCCCCCGCAGGUCACAGAGGUCCUUUAAGCAGUUGCCUUGGAUUCAGGUGCGGCUACAAGGGCUCCUCUUCAUCAUCUACCCAGAUGUCUGGAGGAGAAAGAGACAGAACAAAGAUGGAAGUGGCCUGGGCCCCCCAGGGGUGGGGUCCUCUCUGUUGUUUUCAAUCUGCACCUUAUAGACUGAUGUGUCUUUGGCUGGAGCUAGACCCUGCUCCUCAGUGCAUUUGUGUGCUCACAUGCACGGACACCCCUUUCUCCCCAUACACACACAUACACUCACAGCCUUUCUGGCCUCCCCACACCCCGGGGAAGGGCCAUUGUAGUAUUUGCCUUGGUUUGGUGGGGUACAGUGGAUGUGAAUACUGUAAAUAGCUUGCGCUCCAAUGCCUCUGUGUGGAGGGGGCAGGUGCAGGAGGCAGACCCUCCUCCCUAGGCUCCCUGGAGAGAUCUUCCUCUCUAUUUAACUGUAACUGAGGGGGAACUCAGGUCUGGGAAUGGAGGGGCACCUUGGGCCACAGGAUACUGGUUUCUUCAGGGGUACCCUGCCCUACCCUGGAAUCAGUGUUAUUGCAUCUGAUCAAACUCCUCCAGAAAUAAAGUGAGAAUAAUUCUGCC